UCCUCAAAAGACAAAAAGAGAAAGAAAGGAAAAAAAAAACAAUGGAAUCCCUUCGGAAACCGCGGGAACCCACCAGCGGCGAGGGGAGCGGACGCCGGGCCGCCGCCGGGGUUCGCCGAUGCGUCCGACGAUCUGGUAGAUCCCACGAGCAAAGCAUGGCUUCUAACAAAACCAUGGCAAUGGAGCCAAGCAAGAAAAGUUACAUGGCCUGGUUGCCACAAGACAUCGUGGAACUGAUACUUGUUAGGCUCCCGGUAAGCACUCUGCUGAGGUGUCGUGGUGUCUGCAAGCAGUGGGAUCGCAUUAUCCGUGAUACUCAGUUCGGCAUGGCGCACAUCCGGUGCGCGCCAUGUCGCCCCCUGAUUUUCUUCCGACAAGAGAAUUUAGGGCAGCUCCUGUACCCUUGUGAGGCGAUCCUCUUUGAUGAAGCCUGGUCGCCAUCAAAAUGGGAUAUACCUGUGAUUGAGCCUGAUGAUUUUCUGUGUGCUUCAUGCAAUGGGCUUAUUUGCUUGUACUCAACGAAAUCAACAAUCAAGAUAGCCAACCUUGCAACUGGUGAAUGCAUGCAUCUGGCAAAACCUGUCAGGAACUCAAAGACUGAUCACUUCUCUUAUUACAGCUUUGGGUUUCACCCAGUGACAAAGCAAUACAAGGUUAUGCACUGUCUUCGCGACGAGCAGCUGCAUGAUGGUACUAGCUUCAGCACCAUUCAAGUUUACACGCUUGGUGAUGAGAAAUGGAGAGAUGUUAGAACUCCACAGGCUCUAAGCUUGCGCUGUGUGGAAAGAUCUGGAGCUGUCAACGUUGAUGGGGCAAUGUACUGGUUAACUGAAGAUGCGAAAAGUGUCUGGAAACGGGUAGUUGUGGCUUUUGAUCUCAGUGAAGAACUUUUCUGGUGGUUACAGCUCCCAUUAGUUGAUCCUGCAAGCUGUAUGCUUGGUAAUCCUGACCAAUUGCUGAUUACUGUCACAGAUAUUGAUGGGAAGCUGUCUGUGGCUACCAGAAGCUAUUCAGGACUUAUAGGGAAGAUGCAUAUCUGGACAUUUGACAGCAAGUUAGAGCAAAGAUGGAUCCAGAAGUGCACCAUUCGCUUAUCGGUGCUUAACGUCCCAGGACCACAUUGGAUCUGUGGUGAUAAAAUUAUCUUGCAUGAUUUUUAUAGAAACCUACAUUUCUAUGAGUUGAUGGAGGAGAAUUCUGAGAUUGAAUUGAGCAAGAUAGUGAAGCUAUUAGAUUUCAGCCCCAGGCAGGAAAACAAUAUGCAAUGCUUUAUGUUUGCGAAGUCGCUUGUACGGUUGGAUGCAUUCAGAAAGGCUGGUGUUGUGCGUAGGCCAAAGCGACAGGAGGGUUGGAAAUUGAAGAAAUGGGAAGUGUGGAUGGGUAGCAUCCAUCGUCUAGAGAAAUAUUGCAGAAGGAGCUGUGAGAUGCAACACAAGAUUUCUGAAUGUGCAGAUAAAAUGGGCAUCAAGAUCAACCUGAUUUUACAGCAGCUACCAGAUUUGGCUAGUUCCCUCCAGCCGAUAAACUGGGUGGAGUAUAAGCGAGUAUUAGAGAUACUGAGUGUUAAUCUGGAUAACAUGCAUGACGUAUUAGUGGUCAUGACCCAGGCAGCUCAUGAUGCCCAUCAUAAGGAAAACACCCAUGUGGCAGAUCAGGGUGCCUCGAGUUCGGCUGUUGACAGAUCUGGCUCAUGACUACAACGACAAUGUUACACCUCAGGAUAUUUUUGGUGGUCCUGAAGUUUGUAGCAACAUAAAACUAAACUGAGUCUCCUGAUUAGUACUGUGCCAGGAAACUUUCAGGUUAUCUGUUAAAACUGUGGUAUCUGUCCGAUGCCAUUAUGUCUGCCAUAUUUUGUUAAAUUUUGUUGUUAAUGUCGUUAAACGCUUUGUUGAUGGGAGCAAUAUAUGCGUUCAUCACAAGGAAGAAAUUUUCCAGCGGAUACCUUCCAUCAAGUUGCAGUAUUUGGCCUGCGUUCGUUUUAGGUGCUACGAUCCAAAUUAUUUCUCAGUUUUUAC